AAAAUACUUGUCGCAUCAUCCGUCUGCAUACACCAAAAAAAAUUCCCUAGGAACUAUUUCAAAAUUUCCUGAUUUCAGAUUUCAGAUUUUCGACUUUGCGGAAUUUUUAACUAUUCACAUCGCUUUUAGGAGGUCAGUUUCCCGCAAGGACCUUCUUUUUCGGGUGUAAUAGGACUUACCCAGAAAACUCAUCUUAUAUCUUCUAAAAAAGCCCUAAAAGCUGUUUAGUUUUUCUUUUGUAAACACGAUAUCGGUGUUCUACUAUAUCAAGUCCGAGGUUUUACCGAAUAUUCUGUUUGGAAAAACGUUUAAAUCAAUAUUCUGUAGGCUUUAUUUUAUCUAAGUCUGUGGGUAUACUAUACUCAGCUAUUCCUAUCUUUUUUUUUUUUUCUACUAAAAAAAGUCUAACAAUCGGAACCAAAAAGAAACCUUGGUUUCUCUUCCAUUUCUUUUGUUUCUCUAAUUUCCUCUCUAGUCGUUCCGGAGUUUUUUGCUGCUCAUUUCUAAGUUGAUUGCUCUGUUUAAUUUAUUUUCUAUUUUCCGGCGUUCUACAAACUUUUUCCUUCGUUAGUGUUUGAUUCUUUCAUUCAGGCUUUGUUGGGACGGACUACGCUCGUUGUUGUUAUACUUUGUUUUUAUUUUUUUGGAUUCUCGUUUGGAUAUUCCUAAUUUAUUUUUAAUAAUUCAUUCCUGGUCUAAUUCACUUCUUGUUCCUCCUUUUUAGUGGUUUUAUCGGACUAUAAACACAUUGCGUCGUUAUUAUAUAAAACCCGCCUUUGAUUCGUUCUCUGGUUCAUUAGUUAGCUCUUUUUUUUUUUUCUUCUUUUUUUUCGACAAGAGAUUAGAGUUGGAUUUCCUUUAAUACGCCCUACGUUAUUCGCUAAAUGGCUCCUCCACCUAGUGCUACUUUUUUUAAUCGUAGUUUUUGGAAAAGAAUCUUUUCUAAUGCUAACCAAGAUGACACCUCUAGUGUAAAGAAUGCUGAUGAUUUGGAAUUACAACAUCAUGCUUUACACAAGAAUGCCUACGACGAGGAUCUAAGAACUGAUCCCAACACAGUAUUUAAUCGUAAAAACCUUCACGUACCUCGCGUACUAUAUCUUUUAAUUUGUGCAGUUGGCUCAUUCAUCAUUUCCGGGGGUUUGGAGUUCGCUAUCGCUUAUGGUAUGUAUAAAAACACCAUAGACCGUGUUCGUCUAUGGCGCCUACCCGAUACGCUUUCUGGUGACUUGGCUGUCACCAAUUUUGUCCAAGCUGUACUUACGUAUUGGAUAGAAUCUGCGUUAGUACAAGCUGAUUUACGCUCAGGGCUUGUAAAGCCUCUUUAUCUUGGUCGGUUUCCAAGAAAUACUUUUAUGCGAGAGAUAUUGCGUGCGAAGCCAAAGUAUAACUUUCAUUUUAUAGUUUUCCGUUGGAUAGAAUGGAUGGCUUUUACUGGUUUACGUGGUUUGUUUUGGUCUGUUCCUCUUUGGUUUUUGCUUUGGCCUGCUUCAAUCGGCAUUCUUACUGCACCAGGACAGCAUUCUGGUAACGAUUACUUUUACAAUAACUAUCCUGCUCCUCAAAUAAUAAAGCUUAUAUUUGGUGGUGUCCUGGGUUUUGUUUUUACUCCAUGGAUUGCGUUCUUACAUAUGUAUAUGUAUGGUCACUACCAGUACUUGGAUGAUCAUCAAAAUCAGGCGAGUGGUAUUAAAGACUUGGAAUCACAGAGGAAUGCAUCUGUUUCCGCUAUUAGUUCUGGCUUCGGUGCAGCAGCUGCCGCUGGUGGUGCUCGUAAUGUUAGCAAUAAUAAUGUUGCUUUUCCUCCUUCUUCGGAAUAUAAUGCUAAUUCAGAGCGUACCACCGCCGCUCCCACAUCUUCUGCUCCUCCUGUGAUAAAUCAUUUCCCUACUCCUAAUCCCAGAAAUGAUUCUGGGAUCACCUCUCUUGGAAGAUCAGCUUCUGAUUUAAACACACCUCAAGACUCGAGCAUGAUUAAUUUGGGACCGAAGGCAACGGGUAAUGCGUUUGCAGAUCAUCAACCUCAUCCAGUGUUAAGUACUCACACAACUACCAUGUACGAUACUUCUGCACCUGUCCCUGCCGAUCAUGCUGUUCAUCUAAACGAUGAAAGGCUGUACGAUUCUCUUGAUCACUCGCCUGACUUCCAGUCACCACCUUUUGAAUCAAUCAUGUCACCAGAGAUGGUACAUCGUACAACUUUUACUAAUGAGGAUUUAAACAGGAACAACUCGAUACGAUCUCACGCUCUUAGCAGCGCUUAUGAUAGCUCUGACAAUGAUGGUUUUUCUUUAGUUACGGCUCCCAGUAUCGCUCAAACCUCUUCCGCUGUGAAUUCGGCUACACCAAGUGUGAAUGGUGAUGCCAAUGAAGAAUUAUCUGAUUCUGCUUCUACUGACACAAGCGUAACAACCAAAAAGCCAUAGUGUUGUUCACUUGUACAUGCAGUUUCUAUAAUUGGUUGAAUUUGGUUUUUGGCAAGGGGAUUUAAGAAAAUAGGAUACUUAGUUUGGUACGUUGCUUUUCGUUCUCAAAAAUACGUUUCGGGUUUGCAAACUUAAUGUGGGAUAAUGGUAUUAUUAAUAAUAUAGACUGACUGUUUUGUUUGUUUUCUAUUUUUAUAGUUUUUAGAUUAAUAUAUCAACUAAUAGUCAGUAAAAAGUUUGACAUUUUAGCGGGCAUAGGCUUGUACGAUAUAUAGCAAUCUGUGAGAUAAAAUAAGAAAAAACAACUUUACUGAAAAUGAU